AACCGAUAUAUGCCAUUUUUUUGCUUGUUAAUACCUAUUCACCAUGUCUGUGUUUCGGCAAGCAGCUGCAUUCAUGACGUUAGGAUCUCUGGUCCAAGCGUUCUCGUUGCAAACCACAUAUGACUCAAGCAACUUUCUAGAUAAAUUUUAUUUUCGAGAUGCUGCUUAUUAUUACCCAACUUAUCCAGGCGACCCAACUGACGGAUCGGUCAAUUAUCUGAGCAAGACUGAUGCAUUAGCCUCUGGAAUCGUGAACACCGAUAAUAAUCAAGUCUAUCUUGGUGUAGAUUAUACCAACAAGGCCCAGCUUCUUGGCAAUAGCACAACCGUCCAUGGCCGAGAUAGUGUACGUUUGGAGUCUGUGGAUACCUGGAGCACAGGCAUUAUGAUCGCAGAUAUUGUCCACAUGCCAGGCACUGCAUGUGGUGUCUGGCCGGCAUUUUGGGCAUACAACUUCAACGAAAAUCCUGUCGGUGAGAUUGACAUCAUUGAGAAUAUAAACAUGCAGACUCAAAAUAUUGUUUCUCUACACACCUGCGGUCAGUGUACUUUCACCAACAUUGGUGGCACAGAUGAAAGAGCAAAUUGCAAUAACGGGGGCACGAUAUCCCAAGCUUGCGAGGAUGGACAAAACUUUGAUGGAUGUGGUAAUACGAUGAGCAAAGGCUCCUACGGAAGCACGUUUAAUGCGGCCGGAGGCGGCAUUUAUGCUACAUGGCUGGAGCAUGACGCUCUCAAAUUGUACUGGUGGAAGAGAAGUGAUAUACCAGCGGACAUUGCCAGUGGUAACCCUGAUCCUACUAAAUGGGGCACCCCGGCUUCACAGUUUCUUAGCGGUAGCAAUUGUAAUGUUGGGAAGUAUUUCAAAGAAUUAACAAUUAUCAUCAAUACAGACUUCUGCGGCAACGGUAUAGACCAGGGCACCUGGGAAUCUGGUUGUGCAGCUUCUACAGGAGUAAAAACGUGCGAUCAAUAUAUUACUAAUAACCCCCAAGCGUUUAAAAAUUCUUACUGGUUGUUUAACUCUAUCAAGAUUUAUAAUUAAGGAAUUGGAAUAAAAGGACAACUUGAAUUCUUCGAUACAGG